AUGGCCCAUAUUGCAGUCCUACAAUUGAUCAUUGCAGGGUCUUUGAUGAUUUUGACCACACUUACUUUGCGAGUUUUAUAUGUCCUGCGACAUAUUCGACGCUCAAAUGUGACCCAGCUCAAAGGGAAGCCCGCUUCGCCAUUUCAUAUGGUCAUUGUACUUGGUUCAGGUGGUCACACCGCUGAGAUGAUGUCUCUUAUCAGAGACAUAGAUCCCAAACGAUGCAAGCAUAGAACCUACAUCGUCUCGUCUGGUGAUAACUUCUCGUCGGGCAAAGCCUUGGAGAUCGAGAAGCGAAUUCAAUCCAAUUGUAGUUCUACAAACACGUCGCUUGUCACUCUUGAGGGUCAAGAUGAUGCAAGUUUUGGUAUGUGGGAUAUAAAAAUAGUCCCUCGUGCGAGGAAAAUCCAUCAAUCUCUCAUCACCGCCCCCGCCUCUUCUCUCUGGUGCUUACUUGGAUGCUUGAAAGCUCUCUAUACGACCGCAAGGGAUUCGAAGGUCUCACCAGGCGAGUUUCCAGAUAUCAUAGUAACUAAUGGCCCCGCAACGGCUGUUAUAUUCAUCUUCGCGGCUAUUCUCUUGAAGAUUCUCGGGCUAGUACCGGUUUCGAAAUUGAGGAUUAUUUACGUCGAGAGCUGGGCCCGGGUGGUUACCCUGAGCCUGAGUGGGAAGAUACUACUGAAGCUUGGGAUAUGUGAAAAGUUCAUAGUACAGUGGGAAGUACUAGCCAAAUCAAUCAACGGGUCAGGGAGGAACAGAGUGGAAUGGCCAGGAUUUCUAGUUGAAUAG